AUGCCUGAUUCUAUCCAACUUUUAGACGCCGAUGUACUAAGUAAAUUACAAUCUCAAGUUCAUGUUAUCUCAAUAGCGUCAGCAAUCAACGAGGUCAUACAAAAUUCUAUAGAUGCAAAAGCGACAAAUAUCAGUGUUUUACUCGAUCUCGAUACAUUAUCGUUCCAGGUCGAAGAUGAUGGAACUGGGAUUGCACCUGCCGACAUGAAUCUGAUCUGUAAACAACAUUAUACAUCUAAGAUUAAAUUAGUAAAGGAUUUGGCUGAUGUCAAGACUUAUGGCUUCCAAGGAAUGGCUCUUCAUUCGAUCAAUAGUAUCUCAGAUAUGUGUAUCAUAUCUAAGGCGAAAGAUUACAGUGGAUCGAGAAUUAAAUCGAAUGCCUAUAUAACGAAACUAUAUUCCGAACAGAACACAGUAGAUGACAUUAUAGGUUUACCUAUUCAGCCUUUUGAUAAAAAAAACUCUGGUACAAUUCUCAUUGCUCGAAAUCUAAUGUAUAACUUGCCGGUAAGGUCAAAUAUGGCAAAAGCGGAACCCCAAUAUAGAGUAUUCAAUGCAAUACGGGAGUAUGUUUUAAGAUUGCUGAUCCAGGUCCCCGCCAUUUCGAUUUCUGUUUCAUAUGUAACAUUAUCGAAAGACUUGGAUAAUCUACUUAAAUAUCAGGGUCUAAAUAAGUGCGAUAAUAUGAGUUCCUUUGACAAAUAUGUGAAAGUCUUACGUUCGGUAUACGGUUGCGUGGUUCCGUUUAAUACAUUGAAAGGACUUUCGUUAAAAUAUAAAGAAUAUUUUAUUGAAGGUGUGAUAUCAAAAUCUCCGGUUAAAGUUAAACAUUUGCAAUUUAUAAACAUUAAUAGAAGAACUUAUAAUAAUCCUGCACUGUUUAAAUUAAUAAAUUCAAUGUUUAAGGAAUAUAAGUUUGAACCCCAAGAGAACAUGGUGACUUAUGUGGGGAGACCAUACAAAUUUUAUCCAAUAUUUUUCAUUAAUAUCAAGGGUCCCAAGAAUAUUAAUGAUCUUAUUCAAGACCCUUCUAAAUGUGUUGUGGAAGCUACACUACAACAUAUAAUCGACCCUUUAAUAAUUAGAACCUUUAAAUCGUUUCUGAUUACACAAGGUUAUAUGACUCCAAAUGAUAAUACAGAUGUAGUAACGUCGUUUGAACAAACUUUUUCAAGUUAUGAUUCUUGGACUAAUAAACAUAAUGCAAAUAUUCUAUUGGAUUCUAAUAUAAGAGCAGGUCGAUACCAACAACAUGAAAUAAAUGGAAGAGGCGAAACUUUCAGCCUUACGAAAUCUACCACAUUAACCAAAACUACGAAGAUAAGAAAACCAUCUUUAAAACGUCUUAGAAGCAAACACUCAAAAUCCUCCGUACUUAAAAAAAUAUCUAACGUAGUACUAGAGGUUCCUGAUGAUCAUAGCCUAACAGAAUCAUACUGUAGUCAUAGUUUGUAUUCUAAUCGAGAAUUUUCCAUAACGAAAGAUGAUUUAUCGAAAUGUUGUGUGAUUAACCAAGUGGAUACGAAAUUUAUACUGAUGAAGGUUGUAACCGAUUUAGAUAACAUAAAAGCAGAAUUAUAUAUUUUGGAUCAACAUGCAUGUGAUGAAAGAAUAAAAUUAGAACAAUUCCUUUCGCAACUUUUGGCAGAUGUUCUUUCAGAUAUGUUAUAUGUACAACCGAUUGCUUCUUUAAAAUUUGAGGUAAGUGCUGUUGAAUCUAAUUUAUUUGAACAUUUUGAUCUGGAGUUACGUAGGUGGGGAGUACACACAAGAAUUGAAAGAAAUUUUUCCAAUGAAUCAUCUCAAGAACUAAAACAUACUGUUUUUGUCGAUUCUUUAUCUGAUGAAUUGCUAAAUAAAUGUGGGAGAGAUCCCCAAUUCUUGAAGGGUGUUCUACUUCAACAUAUGGACAACCUUUCCACAAGUAAAAAACUUCCUAUAUUACCAUUAAUAGAUAGGCCCAAUCAAACCCAAGAUACGUUUGAUUCUGAAAAUACCCAGAAUUGGUGGAAACUGUAUAAUUACAUUCCUACUUUUUAUUUAGAGAUAUUCAAUAGCAAAGCAUGUCGUUCAGCGAUCAUGUUUGGCGACGAGCUAACGAAAAUGGAGUGCAAACUAUUAGUCAGAAAUUUGAGCAAAUGUCAACAACCAUUCCAAUGUGCACAUGGUAGGCCGUCUAUUGUCCCUGUAUCGGAGAUCAGCGACUGUAUGAAUCACACUGAUCAAUUGUAG